CCCCAGCAAAAUUUAGGUAGUUUCGGCUAGUUCCGCUUUGCCAGGACAACUUUUCAAAGAUGGUUAUGCGUCUGUCUGAGGCCCUGUACCAGACCUUCUUCAAGCGGUCAACCGUGUACAUCCCCAUGCUGCUGGUGGGGGCCUACUUCUCGAACGAGGCCAUCGACUACGCUGUCGAUAAGAUGUGGACCACCCGCAACAAGGGGAAACUCUUCUCUGACAUUAUUGCGGAGCGGACGUAAGCGGCAGCUGGAGAAGCGGAAGCGAUGCGGCAUGCUGGAGGAGGGAGAACCGCUGUGCCCCGGCGGAUGCGCAUGGCAUCUCUGGUGGCACGGCCUAGGCAGACAUAUGAAGCUUAUCUGUAGAGAACUGGAGGUGUCGUGGGGUGUGUGAUGGAGAGGACGUAGGUUAUAAACGUUGGUGGUGACACGGUUUGACACGGCGUGUGUAUGUCUGUUCGGGAAAUCUGGGCUGAUUUUGACUGCAGUGGCGAUUGAAGCGUUCUUGAACGGGUUACAUGCUGUAACCUGUCAUGUUCAUUCAGUCUCAGGCGCCGAGUGGGGGUGGGUGAGUCGAGGCAGCGUCUAGACAUGCCGACGCAGAGCAACUGCAGAUGCCUGCACACGCUCUAGCCAAGAAAGGGACGGGCCGCAGCAGAGCCACCGACAAGUGAAUGCUAGGCAGAGGCGUUGUCCUCAGGGUUUAAUGAGCUCGGGCGUUGUGCCCCGUGAGUGCCUAAUGAGCGGGGCCUGCGGAAAUCUUCUUUCGCACUCCUCAGGCCAAGCCCGUCCGCUAUGCGCAGCGCACAACAUGCGCAUUAAAUUUGCAACCUUCACGCA